AAAAGCCGAAAUCGGGCAAACCUCAGAAAUGCCCGGGCAAAACGCGAACUGCCCACAAUCCUUGGGCAAAAUGUCAUAUUUCGGCUUUUGACCGGGCAAACCUAGUUAUGACCAACCUCAUUUGGGCAAAACCGUAUACUGACUUUUAUCGUAAUGGCAAAACCGUAGUGUCUUAUAUACGUUCUAUAAUAUUAAAUAUAAAUAGUGAUUUUUGUCGUACGAAUUUAUUACGAUUAUAAAUGACCCCACGUAUCUUGUUAAUUUAUCGUUGUUAUCGUAUUUUAUCAACUCGUUACCUAUAUUAAAGGUACACAAAAUACACCUUAUCUAAAUGAUACAAUAUUGUACCGUAGUUACUGUAGUUCGUAUUUUUGUGAGCUUAUAUUAGUACGUCUUUAGCAAUGGCUAACGUAAUGUGUGUGUCUGAUUUUAAAACUAAAUUUGAAUUAAAACUUAAAGAAAUUACAAAAAGUGAAUGCAGUGCUCUAAUAAGCGAUACAAGAUAUGAUGAACUCAUAAAAGAGGUAGAACAAGCGAAGGUCAAUUCCAAGAAAACAACGAGCGAAUACAGGAGACUAAAUAGAUUUGACGUACUCACAAUCGGUGAGUCUAAAAAAUUAAUAGUUCCACCAAGUAAAACCAAUGGUGACAUUAUUUAUUUUGUAAAAUGCAAUGAAAUGUUCGAUAUAUUACACAUGGCUCAUAUAAAUUGUGGUCAUGGUGGUCGAAACCGAAUGGAGCAUUCAAUAAAACAAAAAUACAAAAAUAUUACCAGGGAUAUAAUUGUAUUAUAUUUACAGUUAUGUGAAAUAUGUAAUAAAAAACACGCUCAUCCCAAAAAAGGUUUAGUAAUAAAACCAAUUUUAUCUAAAACUUUUAAUUCUCGUGCACAAGUCGAUCUGAUAGAUAUGCAAAGUAAUAAAGAUGGUAAUUUUAAAUUUAUCUUGGUUUACCAAGACCAUUUUACUAAGUUUGUUUCUUUGCGACCUUUAAAAACAAAAACUGCAAGCGAGGUUGCAUACAAUCUUAUAGAUAUUUUUUGUAUAUUUGGAGCUCCGUGCAUACUACAAUCAGACAAUGGUAGAGAGUUUGUAAAUCAUAUUAUAAAUGAUUUAGUUCUAAUGUGGGAUGGCUUAAAAAUUUUAUACGGGAAGCCACGUCAUUCGCAAAGCCAGGGGAGUGUUGAGCGAGCUAACCAGGACAUCGAAAAAAUCAUUUAUGCUUGGAUGGAAGAAAAUCAGUCUAGAAAGUGGAGUGAAGGAUUGAGAUUUUGUCAAUUUGCCAAAAAUAAUGCUUAUCAUGCUGGCAUCAAACAACCUCCAUAUGAAGCUAUGUUUGGAAAAAAAGUUAGUCUUGGAUUAAAAAUGUCAUUUUUACCCAAUGAUAUAAUUAAUAAUGUAAAUGACGAAAAUGUCUUACUUCAAUUUGUAGAAAACGAAAAUGAAAAUGAAAUGGAUGUAUUAAAUGGAAAUGAAAAUGAGAUGGAGGCUACUGAUGGAUUAGUUGCGCAAGCAAAAAAAAUGAAAUUACUGAGUGAAAAUCUAUUUCCACCUCUAACAGUCGAAACGACAGUGAAAAUUCCAGUGCCUUGUGUUGAUAGAGGAAAAGUCGAUGCGAAUAAUGUGUUAGGUGUUAUAUUAAGUGUUACUGAUGAUGGAUUCUAUAAAAUAGGAACCAAAAAUGGAAUUUUGUCAUCACUUUAUGCCAGAAACCAAAUAUUUCAAUGCAAGGAACAAUUUAUUAGUAGCAAUGAUGUACCGAAUAUCGAAAUACCACUGAGGACUGCUAGUACUCAAAAUUCAUUAACUGGAGGACAAGGGUUAGGUUAUGUUGGUGACUUCCAUGAAGAAGACAUUGAAAGUCCAAAUAUUAGAAGAUCGCAUCCAGAGCACUCUUUCUACUCAGAUAUCUAUCCAAAAUAUUUUUGCUUGGUCAGACUCUUCGGUGGUACUAUCUUGGUUAACACACCACAUGUUUCCACUGAGAUGAACUCGGCAGAUUGUGCCUCCAGAGGUUUGGGGCCUUGUGAGCUAGCUCAGAAAGAUCUUUAUUGGAGAGAUCCUACUUUCCUCCAUCAGUUCGGCGAGAGUUGGUCGUCAUAA